CCUUCGUGGACCGUGAAGAAUAGGGCCGAGCAGGCGAUGAGGGGGUAGGCGAUAUCCCAGGUGGGCUCUGCCAUGAGUUCCCUAUCGGGGCGCAUCCCUUCGGGGCUGCUGGGCAGGGUGAUUCCGAGGCGGCCACCUAGGAAGCGGGUGCUCCCCGGCUGCCGUCCCGCCGAGGGGACAAACGACCUGACCCUUCUCUUGCAGCUGCGCUGUCGCGGAGCCAUGGCUGAAGGACGUGCCACCGCCGACUGGGAGAUCGACGUAGAGAGCGUGGAGGGGGAGGCGGCCGAGGCCACCGGCAGCGGCGCCGGGCCGGAGGAGGAAGAGGAGGAAGGCGAGGACGCGGCGGCGGCAGCCCCGCGGAGGGGGGAGCCGCGGAAGCUGAGCCGCACGCCCAAGUGCGCCCGAUGCCGCAACCACGGCGUGGUGUCGUGCCUGAAGGGACACAAGCGGUUCUGCCGCUGGCGUGACUGCCAGUGCGCCAACUGCCUGCUAGUGGUGGAACGGCAGCGUGUCAUGGCCGCCCAGGUGGCCCUCCGACGGCAGCAGGCCACCGAGGACAAGAAGGGGCUAGCGGGGAAGCAGGCGAGCCUGGAGCGCAAAGCCGUCUAUCAGAGGCACGUCCGGACGCCGAGCCUCCUGGCCAAGAGCAUCCUGGAAGGUUACCGUCCUAUUCCAACAGACCCUUACCUGGGAGGGAAUUCACCCUUGCCACCCCCUGUAAGUGACAGGAUGAGAAAGAGACGGGCUUUUGCUGAUAAAGAGUUGGAGAACAUUAUGCUAGAGAGAGAGUAUAAAGAGAGGGAGAUGAUGGAAGCUACACAAGCAGCUGCCCUUUUCCUCCCUAACCGCAUGGUGCAUGGAGCUGAAUACAACUCCUAUAAGACAGCCUUCAACGCUACUCAAGUUGAUACUCCAAACAAGGAGUUUUGCAAUUUUUUACCGACCUGCCUUGAUCUAACCAUGCAGUGUUCAGGAUCCAGCAACAUGGAACUGAUUUCUUCAAAUGUCAGUGUAGCUACUACCUAUAGACAGUAUCCCCUGCCUUCUAGGUUCUUAAUGUGGCCAAAAUGUGGCCCCAUUAGUGAUGCUCUCCUAUACCAACAAUGCCUAUUAAAUGCUACUACUGUCCAAGCUCUUAAACCUGGGGCAGGUUGGGAUGCUAAGGUGUCACAAAGUCAGGACUGUUCGAAUACUGAGCAUGACAUCAUGCCUCCAAAACUGGAAAAUUCGCUUGUUCUGACCCAUGCUCAAGACAUUCAGCAGCCAUGUAAUGAGAUACCAUGCCUUCCUCAGGAAGCUCGUGAAAGAUCAGCUUUCUCUCCUCCAAAAAGGACUUUCUCUCAGAUUUCUAAUAAGGAUUCUCUGGCUCAUCAGGAGCAGCUAUUAAGCAAGAUCAGCAAAACCAGUACCAAACUUCCUCUCAAAUAUGCUCCAUUUCAAUUGAUGUUCCACCAAACAUUUCCUGACGGGUCAGGAGCAGAGCUGAGAACAUCAUUUGUGAAAGAGAAUUUUGAAGAUGCUUCUAAGAAAUACAGAGAGUGUGCUAUUAAAGAGAACCAAAAAUACAAGUUUGCAACAGAUAAAUGCACAAAAAACUUUUCUGGGGCUAAACAGGCAACAGCAAAACUUCCAACAACAGAGCCCCUGUCAUUUUCAGUUGAAUCCAUCCUUAAAUGACCUUGUGCAGUUACUAAUAUCUCUCAGUGAAUAAACUAUACCUUCAGUGUAGAGAGUUUGUGUGCUUUGCCUUCUGAAGGAUUGCUACUGCCUGCCUUAUCUUUUAAAAUAUUUUUUUAAAAGGAAUUUCUGCUUUAAAUGGUAAUUCUAUCUC